AUGGCGCCGUCGAAUCCGCUUUUCUCGCCGUCACCUGCGGCGCUGUCAUUCAUGAACUCCCACUUUCAGCGGCUCGAAGAUCUCUCGCUCGCGCCAAAUCUCCUAGGCAAUCUCUCUUCGGAGAUUAAAGACCUAAUUUCGCGUAAAGAUUCGCUCUGUUCGUCUCUCGCCUCCUCGCUCCAACCAGCAGAUGACGACAACGUCCGAACCAGCAGCUCCAGGCUCGGCGAAUCCGAGCCUGAUGCACGUUCGGGAACGAUUUCUUCCGUGGCUGCUCGCGCGCUCCAAUCCAUAGCAGCCACGUCAGAACGAAUCGAAGAAUGCCACGUGCGCGCCUCCGUGGCGGCCGCUGACGUGCAGCCAAUGGUGGAUCGGCUUGCCAGGCUGGCAGCUGAGGUGGCGAGAUGCGAGAGGGUGAGAGGAUACGUAGAGGUGGUGAUAGGAUUUGAGAGGCAAGUAGGGGAUGUGGAGGAGAAAGUGGGAAUGGCGGUGGGGCUAUGGAGGAAAGAAAUUGGCUCUGCUGCUUCUUCCUCUUCUGCCUCUGCCUCUGCUUCUGCCACUGCUGCUGCCGUUACUUCUGCUGCUGCUACUGCUAUUGCUGCUGCUGACACUGGUGCAGGUGCUGCUGGUGCUUCUCCUGCAGCAAGUGUCGCCCCCAUCACUUCCAGGAAGCAACCGUUUCGAAACCCUAAGCUCCUCUCCUCCCUCCGCACCGCCGCUCACGCCGUCCUCACCGCAUCCAACCGCUCCGCGUCCACCUCGCGCCACCACCCGGCCUGGUCCCGCCUGCUGACAGCUGUCGAUCUGCGAUUGGACGCUGCGACUGCUGCCCUGCUAGGCCCUCUGAUGGAGUGCUACAGGGGGUGUCUCGCUGCUGCCGGCUGGCCCCCUCCCCUUAGAAAAGGAGGGGGAGGAGGAGGAGGGGAAGAAGGAGCAGCAGCAGGUGCUCCUGCUGCUGCUGCUGCAGGUUCGGCGCUGGAUCGACUUGCCGGACCUGGAGGCGAGCUUCGGGCUGAGUUCACGAGCCUGUUUUUGGCGCUAUGCUCUCUGCAGCACGCGCAGAAGGUGAGGCGAGAAGCAGAGCAGGUACGGAUUCGAAGCGAAAGCGAGGUAGCAUAUAUGGAGGAUGAAGAGGAGGAAGAGGAGCAGGAAGAGGAGGAGGAGGCAGACCUAGAGAAUAUCCGGAACCUUGGCAAUACUCAAGUAGAAGAGCCGUUGCUAUGGGGGAUGGAGGAGCUGGUUCAGCCAAUAGCGUCGCAGGCCCGGCCGCCUUUCGACCAAUGGGGAGCGAGCGGGCGGACGGAGUGGGCCUUUGCGCUGACUCUCCGUGUGGCGUUGACUGGCGUUGACUCGUUUGACCUGGCGCUACAGCCGCUGGUGGACGAGGAAGGGCUCACAGGGGUGAGUGUGCGGGAGGGCUGGGUCCGGGCCGUGGUUCGGAUGCUCCCGAUCCACUUUCUGCGGAGGUCCGUCGUGCCGAGCCUAGCUGGGAAGCUAGGAAGCGCAGGGAUCGAAGGAGGAAGAGGUGGGGGAGGGAAGGGGGAGGAAGCUUGGGAGGAGGAGUUAAGUGAGGAUGAGGAGAGGGCAGCAGCAGCAAGGGAGUGGCUGCGAGUGGUGAGUGAGUGUAUCGCCUUUGACUCUGCCAUGACUCGCCUGCUGGUCUUUGGCUCUCCUGCUUCUUCCGCCGGUGCUGCUGCGGUCACUCCUGGUGUUGCCACCGACGCUGCUGCCGGUGCUGCCGGUGCUGCCGGUGCUGCCGGUGCUGCUGCGGUCACUCCUGGUGUUGCCACCGACGCUGCUGCCGGUGCUGCCGGUGCUGCCGGUGCUGCCGGUGCUGCUGGUGCUGCUGGCGCUUCUGGUGUUGCUACAACCACUGCUGCAGCUGCUGCGGACAGUGCAGAUCUUCCCGUGCCAGCAUCAGAUUUCUGGGCGGCACUGCAAGUGGAUCCCACAGUGGGAGUCUUCGCGGAGCGACCUGAUUGGCUGCUGCUCUGGAUCCAAUUGGAGCGGGCCAGCGCACGCAGGGGCGUGCUAGCUGUCAUGGGCAGGGACGCUUCCUGGAAGGUUCCACGGGAUGGGGAGGACGAGGCAAGCAUGGGGUUGCAGGAGUUGACCUCUACUGGCCUACUGCUGAAUGCGGUUGACCGUUCUGCAGCAACGGAAACAGCAGGAAAGGGAAUUGUUGAGUUCCGACCGCCGCCCGUUGCUCUUCAGCUGAUUGAGAUUCUCCGGGCGGCAGUCUCCCGAUGCGGGCGGCUUUCUGGGACCGUAUCUGAAGGCAGUGUAGCAAGCAGCACUGUAGCAGGCAGCAGUGACAGUAAUGAGGGGAGUGGCGCCAGCACUAGCAUGACCAGCCCCAGGGCCAUUGGCCGCGGACGGCAGCGCCUGUCUUAUGUCGAGGGGCUCUGCCGCCCGAUUCUCUCGGCGUUUCUGAAAGAGACGGAGCAGAGGGCAGACGAGAUAGAAGCAGCAGGAGCCCUGGCGAGAGAUGGGGAUCUAGAGGAUAUGGCUGGGUGUGCCACUGCUGCCAGGUUUGUGGCUCAUGCCUUGGUAACCUGGCAGGAUGAAGGGUUUCUGGUGGAGGCAUGGGAGGAGGGGAGGAGGGAGAGGAGGGAGAGGCAGGCGAGGAAGAAGGCGAGGGAGCCUCUUCCGCAGCAGAGGAAGAAGGAGAGUCAGCAGCAGCAACAGCAGGAGAAGGAGAACGAGAGGGAGCAGGCUGAAUCUGCAGGAAGGCGAAAGGUGGAAGGGGAGGAUCAGGAGCAAGAGCAGGAGCAGGAGGAGGAGGGAGGAGGAGACGGAUGGGAGCUACUGGAUGCUGAAGAGAACGAGAAUGAAGGCGAGAAACAACAACAGCAUCAGCAACGCCAGCAACAUCAGCCGGGGGAGAACCAGCAGAAGAACCAACUGGAGCAGCAAGGAGAGCAGCGUGCAGGGAGACAAGCAGAGCAGCAAGCAGAGCAGCACAUGCACCGCAUUCAGGCCCUACUAGACCAGUUCGAGGGUCCCGGGCCGGACCUCUUCUCCUCCGAGCUUCACCGCCUCGCCGCGCUCCACUCCACGCUCGUUGCCAGGCUGGCGACAGCUGUCGCGCGCGGAUUCGUCUCCCGCAGUGCAGAGUAUCCCCGUGCCAUUGUGCGCGUCCAGGCCCCUCCUCUCUCCCUUCCCUCUCCACCCUCUCCUACCUCUCCUCCUUCUCCUUCCGGCGAUGCACACUCCCUCUCCCUCUCCUCCACCUCCCUCUCCUCCUCGUCCCUCGCCCUCUCCUCCUGUCUGGUCGAUGCUCUCACCUUUCUCCGCCUCCGAUUACUCUCCGCCCGCCACUCACUCGACGCAGCUCUCUUCUCCUCCUUCUGGCGCCACCUCGCUGCCUUCCUGGACAGGUACCUAGUGGAUAGGGUCGUGUUGGGACGAGAGAAAAGUGCAGGUGGUGGGCCAGGGCUUGUGCUGGGCAGUUUGAAAUUUUCGGAGCGGGCCGGGCAGCAGUUUUCGUAUGACAUGCAGGUGGUGGUGUCUGUGUUUGAGAUCGCCACCCCCCGCCCACUGAACUUCUUUAAAAGGACGAGAGACGCCGGCCGGCUGAUGGCCAUGACGGAUAGAGACGCCAACGGGUUACUGUUCAUGUUGUCGCUUGUGAGCGGUUCUGGGGCCGCAUCGUCUUCAUCCUCGUUAUUAGCUUCUUCAUCCAAAGCACUGGCAUUGGCCGGUGCAGCUAUAGGGGCUGCUGGAGCUGCUGCUAUUGGUGCUGGUGGUAGGGAUACCAGCAGUGGCAAGGAUUCAGGGGUUGAUAGCCCAGAAGCCAGAGUGCAGCAGCAGGAGCAGCAGCAGCAGGUGGAGGAGGAGGAGAGGCAACAGAGGGCGGCUGCAGCUUUGAGGCGGAGAGGGAUUUUGCAUUUACAGGCAGGGGAAGUGCAGGCUGUGCUGGAGAGACGUGCUCUGCCAAAAAGGUAG